AAAUAACGCACGCUUGGCGCCGAACUUUCUCCCGCCGCUCUCGCUCUCGCUCUCUCUGUAACUUUCUGGAAAACUCUCUACUCUCUCUCUCUCUCUCUCUCUCUCUCUUCUCUCCUCUUCUCUUCUAGAAAACCCUGGAAUCGAUAAACUUCCUCUCUUCCUAUAAACAGCCCCGUCUUUCAUUUUCAUCACCAACCUAUUAAAGCGAAGUCUAGGGCUUUUAAUCUCGUCUAUAAGCUCUUUUCCGUCCACGUGAGACUUUUCCCGAUCGGUUUCUCGUCUAUACCUGUGUUUUCCGACCGAUUUUCCGAUCAGUUCCGGCCAUACAUACGAGUUUCCGAUACCUGCAAGUUCUACGAUUUUUCAAUCAGUCUUCCGGCCGGCCAAACAUUCGAGUUUACGAUACCUGCAAGUUCUAGCCAUGGAGAGGGCCUUCUUCGAUAGGCAUUGGGGCAAUGCCAGCCGUAACUACCUUGCGCGAAAAAGCCGAGCAGUUCCAGGUCAAACUAAACCACAGACCUCGCCUCGCCAACAACCCAAGCCGGAGCGUCCUCGUAAGGUAGUUUCGAUCCCUGUACAGUUUGUGAGUUCAGAGUGUGCCCAGUCUGAUUCUGCUCUCAAAAUUCAGAGAGUGUUUAGGGGGUUUAGAGUGAGAAAGUGUGUGAAAUUGAUCAGAAAGGUGAAAGCAGAGGCUGUUCUGCUUGGACGCCUGGUUCUUGAACCUGAAACUCAGGCCUUAAUUAGAAGUCAUGAGAGAGAGAGAUUGAGGAUGUAUGAGACUCUCAUGUCUCUGCUUUUUCGACUGGAUUCGAUCCCUAGUGUGAAUUUGGCUGUUCGAGAGUGUCGCAAAGGUGUGAUUCGAGAGGUUGUCAAGCUUCAGGAGAUGGUUGAUGAGAUUUCUUCUCAGAAACCAAGUCUUGAUCAAGCUCCUGAGGCACCUGUUACAGAGGAGCAAGCUAUGAAUUGCAAUAUGAAGAAUGAACCUCUGAAGGUUGAGGAAGUUUCAGAAGAAUGUCAUGGUCAGGUUGUAGGGGACUGUGUUUGUGGUGAUUCUGAUGAAGAAACCGUAGCAACCAUGAAAGUAAACAAAGAAACCCUAGAAACAAUGGAGCCGACCAAAAAAACCCUAGAAACUAUGGAGCCGACCAAAAGAACCCGAGAAACUAUGGAGCCAGCCAAAGAAACCCUAGAAAGCGUGACCAAAGAAAUAAUAGAGACCAUGGAGCCAGCCAAAUUACCCCAAGAAGUUGAAGAACUUGAAAGAGAGGAACAGGAAGAGGGUUAUUCUGGUGAGCGUAAUGAAGAAAAGUUAGAGACCAUGGAGGUAGCAGAGGAUCCUGGAACUGAAGCCAAAGAAGAAUGCCUCAACCAGACAGGAUGGGAAUGUACGGAUUACCAUGGAGAUUGGGAACAAGAGGAUCAAGAUUGGGAGCAUGUUGAUCAAGAAGAAGAUGUUUGUCAUGAUUCUAUAGAUAGAACCCUAGAAAAAGAAGGCCAGAGAGAGAUCAACAUGGAAAUUGAGACAAGAAAGGAAGAAGGCCAUGACUCUGAAGCUUUUGAAGAAACCCCAGAAAAAGAUCAAUCUCCAAGUCAUUCCAAAAACACCAUGGAAUUGCAUAGGGGUGAAGAAGAAGCAGGGAAAUUUGGGUUUGUACUGAGGAAGAUGGUCGAUGAUAAUGAGAAGCUUAAGCAAAUGAUUUAUGACCUUUGCGAGAAGAGUGCUAUUCAAAGUAGGUUGAUAACCAGGCUUUCACUGAAGGUUGAUGAUCUAGAGAGAAUGGUGAGGAGUGAGAGGAGAAAGAGAAAGAAGCAGAAGCAACAGGAUAUGCCGGUGAAGGAAGGCUGGUUCUGAAGAGUGAUACAAUAAAUUCUUCCUGAUUUGAUUUCUAGUAAACUCUCACUCUAGACCUCUGAUUUGUCCAUGGAGAUUGAUAUAAUUUUGAUUCUUAGGGAACCCACUCUAAUUUCCCUGUUAAUACUCUCUCUUACAUUUUGAUUUCUGCCAAUCCCUGUUAAUACUCUCUCUUACAUUUUGAUUUCUGCCAAUUUUGGGUCCUGCUAACUUAUGGAGUUGUAUCGGAAAUCACUGGAUAUAUAUUCUUCUGCGCUUCCUCAUGUGUUAAAUCUAAUGCAUUCUCUUUUUAAUUGAAUGUCUCUCUUUUCUUAUUCCUAAUAAAGUCUUUUUGUUUGUCUA